CCAAAUCCAAAUUCUUGAGUCAUUCCCAUUCCUUAACCUCAUCUUCCUCCUCCUCGUUCUCCUUCGUAUCAGUUCUCUUUCUCUCUCUCUCUUCUUAUUCAAUCUUUAGAAUGAUUCUACAUUGAUACGGAGCUCUGAUUCUCUUAUUAUUGUUCUCUAGCUCUAUCUAAUUUCGCUGUGAGAAACUAUAAAGGCGGCUUUCCGGUUUGUUUGUGAAUCUGUAGAAAUUUUAGGGUUUAAGGGAAACAGGGUUUCGAAGAGCAUCGUAUAAUGCCUUCGGUGCCCAUUCAACGUCCUUUGCUUCCUUGCGUCACUUCUUUCCAUGGUGGCUCUUGUACUCAUCGUCUGAAACAUCUUGAAAAAAGCGAUCGUCGCGGUAAUCUUAGUUAAUAUUAGGUUUUUCUCUAUUUUGAUUUCUCUCUUCUAGAUUUUUUUUGGGCUUUCUGGGUUUCGUUUCAUUUUUGGUCUUUGUCAACGGCAAAUCGGAAACUUGUGAUCGACGGAUAAUACAAAGCUUGGAUCGCGCAUCAAUACCAUUUUCAGAGUCUGUGUCUGUAGAUGGAAGUUAGCUCUUGUUCUGAUAAGUCGGAGUGGUGUCAAGAUGUAAGCAGCUUUGGAAGUCUGCCAUCAUCUAUCAAGGAAAAUUACUACCCUGAAUUUGACAGUGUCGAUGAUUUGGCUAAUGAGCUUGAUGAUUUGGUGAAUGAACUUGACACUGCCAUUUCCCUGACUUUACAUGUGAAGGAAGAAGAGGAACAGUUGGAACAUGACAAUGAUUCUUCUAAUGGGGAUGAUGAUGAUGUCAGUAAUGUCAAAGAGAGACAUGGUUGUGAAGGACAUGAGAUAGAGUAUGCAAAACCCUCUCAGAAGUCACUGAGCAAAUGUUUAUCCUUACCAGUCCCGGAUAGAGAGGAUGGCGAGCUCGGAACUUCAACGAAAGGACCUUUCUCUGAGGGCCCUUCUCUUAGUGCCUACUCUCGGUCAAAAUCUUUGCCAACCCCUUUGAAACCUGUAUCCGCCAUGAAAGGUAGCCGUGAGAAACGAGGCGCAUCAGUGAUGAAACUAAGCGUGUCAUGGGCCCCCGACGUGUAUGAUCCAAUUCCGACGUCCUUGUCGCACACUUUCACAGGAAGCAAGAAACAACAGCACAAGUCUAAGAAUAACAAGAAGAACUGGAAGAACGGGAAAAAAGGGCAGAAGGGAAAUUCUUCUCGAGGGAGCAGUGGCAAAGACAAGAAACAACGCGGUAAAUCUUCUGGAAAUUCUAGUGGUUAUAGUAAAUCAAUUGAUACUCGUGAUAGGCUGGUGGAUCCUAACGAUGAUUUUACCGUUGGUAGCCUAGACUCGAAGUCCAAUUGUGGGACUUCCUUUUUGAAGAAUUCGCAUACCAAGAUGCACUAUCCAGUUGCAGAGGCCUUGUGAGUGAGUCAGGCACGUCCAUCCACAUCUGUGUAUAAAUAAUUCUUGGUUGUUUUGAAGAGAACUUGGAUUUCUUUUUUUGUUGUUGAUCGAUCAGUGUCUGUGAAAGAACAUGAACCAUGUGAUAUGUUAAUGUUGUUGUUGUGGCAUUUUGAUUUUACCAGGCGUGGCUUUUGGUUGAUUGUGCAUUUAGUAAACAAUAAACAUUGUGGUGUGGUGUUGUGUGAUCA